GUCAGUCCGUUUGUCGCGUCUGCAGCUGCGGCGACGCUCUGAGUGAUUCUGUCCGUGAUGGCGGAGCGCAGCGGAGACGGUCCGUCCGUUCAGUGAAACUCAAGCCCAAACCAAAACCAGCGCCGGUACCGAAUGACAGCGGAGUGAGUGUGUGAGCAUGAGUCGAACCGACCUGACCCGAGUCGCACUGCUGCUGCGUGGCGUUUAGACCGGCAUUAUGACAGAAGAGAGAUGCCCUCAGCUGGUGGAUUAUUUUGUGGUGGCGGGUCUCGCGGGUGACUCAUCUGCACUGGAUGAUGACGGUCAGCAGAGGGGCGGGCGAGCACUUCAGCCUGUCACAGAUUUGGCCGUGAUCGCCAGCGGUCUCGGUGAGGAAGUUCCCGAAGGCUUCACCUGCAUUGAGAAGACUCAAGGAGGACAUUCGGCUGAACUGAGCGCUGGACUGCUCAACAACACACACAUGUACUUGUGCUACAGGAGAGGGCACGACAAACCGCCCAUCAUAGAACUCGGUGUUCUGUACGAGGGGAAAGAUCCGGUCCGUUCAGGAUGGCAGGUGAUCGAGACGACCCCGUACAGCCGCUCUGCCAGUCUGAGUUCUGCCGGUCCCACGACCCACCGCACGUUCCUGAUGUACCGCAGAGCGCCGGACUCACAGGCGCUGAACACACUCGGUGUCACCGAGAUCUCACUGCUCAUGCCCAGCAAGGGCGAGACGGCGCCACACACAUACUGUAGAGUGGACAAAAACCUCAACACGGGAAUGUGGGGUCCGGCGCUGUAUCUCUGCUACAAGCGUUCAGUGGCUAAAGCAAACGCUCUAGUGUACGAGGCAGGUCUGAUCAGUCGAUAUCCUGAGGAAGAUUUCGAAUCGUUUCCUCUGCCCGACUCUGUCCCCGUCUUCUGUCUGCCGAUGGGCGUUACAUUGGAGAGCUGGCCGCUCAAUACCAAAUACCAGCUGCCCGUCUUCUCCACGUUUGUGCUGACCAGCGCCUCUGGAGAUAAGGUGUACGGUGCUGCAAUCCAGUUCUACGAGGCGUACCCGCGUGAGUGUCUGUCUGAGAGACAGUGUGUGCGUCUGGGGCUGCUCAGCGUGGUCGACCGGCGACCCAUCACCAACCGCAGCGUUCAGGUGAAGAAGAGUGUGUGUGUGCUGUCACACUGGCCAUUCUUCAGUGUCUUCCAGAAGUUUCUCACGUUCAUCUACAGAUACUCCAUCUCAGGACCUCAUGUGCUGCCGCUGGAGAAGCAUAUCUCAAGUUUCAUGCACAAUGUUCCAUUCCCGUCCCCUCAGCGUCCUCGUAUCCUGGUGCAGCUUUCUCCGUAUGAUAAUCUCCUCCUCUGUCAGCCGGUAUCGUCUCCACUGCCACUCAGUGGUGCCAGUUUUGUGAAGCUGCUGCAGAAUUUGGGUCCUGAGAAUGCGUGUACGCUGCUGCUGGCCGUCCUGACAGAACACAAGCUGCUGCUGCAUUCACUGCGGCCCGACGUGUUGACGUCUGUGAGCGAGGCUCUGGUGUCGAUGAUGUUUCCUCUGCGCUGGUACUGCCCGUACAUCCCCCUGUGCCCGCUGCGGAUGGCAGAUGUGCUUUGUGCGCCGAUGCCCUUCAUUGUGGGCGUUCACUCCAGUUACUUUGACCUCUAUGACCCCCCGUCUGAUGUGGUGUGUGUGGAUCUGGACACCAACACCAUUUUCCAGUGUGAAGAUAAGAAGCCACUGAGCUGGAGAUCUUUGCCCAGGAAACAUGGGAAGAUCCUGCAGAACUCUCUGACAAACCUCCACAAGACUCUGGAGAAGAUCUAUACUCCAGGUCAGGAAGAGGCCACACUGGAGUUCCUGUUGACAGACUAUGAUCUGAUUUACGGCCGUCAGAAGCAGCUGGAGUUGGAGAUUCAGGAAGCGUUUCUGCGUUUCAUGAGCUGUUUGCUGAAGGGAUACCGAUCCUUCCUCCUGCCCAUCACACAAGCACCGUCAGACAGAACCACAGACUGCAGUUCACUCUUCAACCUGCAGGGUUUUUUGAAGUCUCGUGAUCGUACGCAGCAGAAGUUUUACACGCAGCUCACAAAGACGCAGAUGUUCACGCAGUUUAUCGAGGAAUGUUCGUUUGUGAGCGACAGACACACGAGUCUCGAGUUCUUUGACGAGUGUGUGCAAAAGGUGGAUGUGGAGAAGCCGGAGCUGGUGAGGUUGAUUGAUCUUGAUGAAUCUCUCAGUGGUGAACACACAGUGUUUAUAAUGCCGCCAGAGGAACCUCAGGAACCUGAUGGAUCAGAGUGUCCCGCACACUACAGCUAUGACACAUUCCCAAUCCUCCAAUCAGAGUUGUUUGAUCGGCCUCAGGAUCAGCUACGUACAGCUGCCAAAGGAAGCGCUCCGAGUAGCCCCGCCCCCCGUCGCACCAAACAGGAAAUCAAGCUGGCACAGAAAAAGGCUCAGAAGUAUUCGUCGGUACCAGACAUGUGGUCUAAAUGUCUUCUGGGUCACUGCUACGGUCUCUGGUUCAUUUACCUGCCCACGUUUGUGAAAGCAGAAAGCACUAAAGUCCGUGCUCUUCACGCAGCAUACGAGAUUCUCAAACACAUGGAGACAAGGAAGGUCGUGCUGCCUGAUGAAGUGUGUUAUCGUAUUCUCAUGCAGCUGUGCGGUCAGUACGGGCAGCCCGUUCUCGCCGUCAGAGUUCUGUUAGAAAUGAAGAGGGCGGGAAUCACGCCCAACACCAUCACAUAUGGAUAUUAUAAUAAAGCGGUACUAGAGAGCAAGUGGCCAUCCACCAAUCAGGGAGGUCGUCUUCGCUGGGCGAAGCUGCGUAACGUGAUAUUGGCCGUGGCUCUGUUCAGACAGCCAAUCAAACAGCAGCACAGGAGCAUGUCUUUAGGCGCUCUACCAGGACUUCAAACUGAACAGCUCUAUUCUGUUCUUGUUUUAGAUGAUUUGCUUUCAAAGCCCCGCCCCUACUCCGCUCUGAUUCGCCAGUCCAGCUGGAGUGCGUUGAGUGAAAGCUCGAGUCAUGAAUCGCUGACGAGUUUUGCUAAGAGCAACAGUCUGAGCAGCAUGCAGGCGGCAGGAAAUAAAGGUAAACUCUCUAAGAAAGCGACACCACAGACCACCGGCGCUGAUGGCCCCGCCUCCCGCAAACCUCCCGCUGGACGCCGUGACACCGCUCCGCCCCUGCUUAGCUCCCCGGCUCCUGUGCUGGUGCGCCGCUCUGACGUCUGCUUGUCCACCUUCUACAAAGACUGCGCAGAGACCGCAGACGCAGACUGCAAGUGUGACACCGAAGAGAGAGACAGCAGGUCAGCUGAAAUGAGGGAAACUCUGAACAAGAAGUCAGUUGAUGAAAACUACAACAACGUUGGAUCUCCGAGUCGUGGUCUGGCCGGGAAACUCCAGCAGCUCCUCACGCCCACACGGAACCGUGCAUCAGCGCGACGGGCGGCGAGCGCUGAUGACCGACGGUCGGGCGGGAAUGGAACCAGCCGCCGGUCCUUAGAGCAGAAACCGUCACGGAAAGUCCAGAUGACUGAGAGUCUGUUGAAGGCCAAAGACCGACUGUAUAACGCCACAUCCGAGAGUUCUCUGUCUGUGGGGAGUGAUAUUGACAUGAUUGACAUCCAAACGUUGGCGGUUCCUCUCAGGAAGUCAUGGGAUUCUGCACAGGAAGGUGCGGGCAUUGAGGUUGUGAUGUCGAGCUGUUCGCUGUGUCGCAGCUGUAAUUCUCUGGUGUAUGAUGAGGAGAUUAUGGCGGGCUGGUCGUUUGACGACUCUAAUCUAAAUACCACCUGCCCGUUCUGCUCUGCCCCGUUUGUUCCUCUUCUAAAUGCAGAAAUCUGUGACCUGAGUCCAGUCUGCAGUCUGGAGCGCAGUACUCUGAACGCAGAAGAUGAGGUGGAGAACGCCAUGAGGCCUCCUGCUGGUCGGGACGACACACUGCAGCACGUGUGUAACGGCGUCAGAGAGACGGACUGCAGCUCCGAGAGCAGCACCCAAUCAGAGAGUAGAAGCGGCCCACUGGUGUCAUCGGUGGGUGGAGCUCCACAGGUGACGGUGGCAUACCUCAGCCCACUGGUGUUGCGUAAGGAGAUGGAGAGUCUGCUGGAGAAUGAGGGCGAUGCUGUUCUCUCUCAGGUCCAGCUGCUGGACAGUCACUCCAUCCUCUUCUGGAAUCUGGUGUGGUAUUUCACUCGUCUCAGGCUGCCCACUAACCUCUUACAACUGCUGAGAGCAUCGCCGCUCACCGCACACAUCACACAGGGUUCAGAGAGCAGUGCAGUGCGUGUGCGGUUGCUGUGGGACACUUUGACCCCUGACCCGGAGCAGUGGCCGCCGCUCUACAUGCUCUGGAGGAUUCACAGUGGCGUGCCGAUGCGUAUCUACAGCUGGCGACAUCACAACCACCCGUUCACGCUCGGCUUCCUGGAGGAAGUGCUGCGCUGGGUCGGCAUGAACGAGGUCCACAAGGCCAUCACACUUUUCCUGGAUACUGUUGCUAAGCAAUCAGGCACGCCGAGGAUACAGAGGAGUUUGUACAGAGAGUUCUUGUUUCUCACGCUGGCUGCGAUGGGCAAAGAUCAUGUCGCUUCGUUUGAUAAGCGUUAUAAAGCAGCGUACGUGCGCUUGAGUAAUUCACUGAGCAGAGACGAGCUGAAGAGGAAACGAGUUCAGCCACCCAGCUCUAAAGCUGUCGACUGCAGACGCUGCUUCCUGUUGCCACUCGAGUGCUAAACACCUUUUACACACACACACACACACACACACACACACACACACACUUGUCUUGAGCUCUGCACUCUUCUCGCUGCUUUCAUUCUGUCCACACACACGGUUCCUCUGACGCCCCCUAUAGCUUCGGAAGACAAACAGCACCUGAAGAGAGUCUUCUGCUAGUGCAUUCACAGAAGAUCUCAUGUUAAAUGUUUGUGGUGACGCUCCUGUGCUAUGCAUUAUGGGAACAUGUGAUCUGUGUAAACUUGUGACCGCCGCUGACCCCUUUCACCAAAAACUGCUCCUGUAUCCCGCAAUGCUGAGUAAACUGACCACCAGCCCAACACUCAGACACACAGGAAGUGGAGGACGGGACUUCCUGUGUGGUGUUUCUCUAUCAUGACUGACAUUUUCGUAGAUUCUCACAAAACAUGUCAAGAAAAUGUCCUGGUCAUAUUCAAGCCCAAAUCAAGAAAAAAAUAUAUAAAAUAUUAUUUUACAUAAAGAAAAAGCAGCUUACAUUUAGGUUUUUGUGACAUUAUUUUCAGGACACUUCAGCACAUUUUACUCCCAAAUUCUCAUAACUUUAUUAAGAAUGACCUGUUACCCUAAGAAUUAAAUCAAGAUUAAUUCACAUUUUAUGCCAUAAUAUGUAGAAUUGGGAUGAUAAUAGAUGACUUUAAUAGACACAGAUAAAACACACACACACAUUUUACUUUUACUAUUCCCAUUGAUUGUAAUGAUGAUUCUCAUUACUGUAACAAAUAAAAUUAUACAAUGAUUUUAUUCAAUUAAAAUCAGAGAAAAUUGUAGGAAUAUUCCGGGUUCAAUACAAGUUCAAUCAACAGCAUUUGUGUCAUAAUGUUGAUUACCACAUAGAUUAACUUCGACUCAUUCCUCCUUUUCUUUAAAUGUGUGUUCCAGUGAGACACUUACAAUAGAAGUCAAUGGGGUCAAUUUUUGGAGUGUUUAAAGGCAGAAAUGUGACGCUUAUAAGUUUAUAAAAGCACUUACAUUAAUUCUUCUGAUAAAACUCGUGUAUUAUUUGAACUGUGAAAUUGUUUAACCCUUGUGCAACCUUCGGGACAUUUUUGUCUUUUUAAUUUUCGUUUUUUCAAUCAUUUUGGCUGUUAAUUCCAACGACAUAAAUUUAGUCAAAGGUGUGUAUUUUGGGGUGAAUUUUCAUAUUUCAAUGUCAGUUCCUAUAAUUCAUCUAUAACACACUGUGUACACAAAAUAGUUACACUCAGGACCUUCAGGACAAAAAUGGCUUCAAAAUUUACAUUGUAAUAUUUUCCACCAGAUGGCGCCAUUUUUCUCAUGUUUAGCCUAUGGAGCAAAUACAAGCUUUUCCCCUAUUCUCUGUUUGCUGUAUUAUAGAGCACUACAGGACAAUAGAAUAAAUGAUGCAGAUAAAAUUGUGUGUGUGUGUGUGUGUGUUGGUAUGGAUGUCAGAGUGUGUUUUGUGCGUAUGCAUGUGUGUGUGCGUGUGCGUGUGUGUAAAACAACAGUGGCAUUAUGUAAACAAACUGGCAUUUAAAGGGUUAAAAUCCUGAAAUGAAUGAAUAUUUGGUAGUUAUGAUCAGGACUGAUGUUGGUUAAAAAAUCUAAGUCAGUGAAAGUGGAAAAUAAUAUUAAUAUAUAAUAUUAUUAUGGCAGUUUUUUUUUUUUUUUUUUUUUUUGACGUGGACAUUUUUGUCCUCUGAGGACCUCUGAGUAACUUUGUUUUUAUUGAGGCACAAGGGUUAAAUUGUUGUUUUUAUGGUCAUUUAGGGCAGUGUUUUGUUGUCAUGGCAUUGAAGUUGUAAAAUGUAUAUAUCUUCACGCAGAUGUGGUUAGUAAGUGAUUUAAUCACAGUAAAAUCAUGUUAACACACAUAUUGUUUAUGUCUUGUGUCUAUACUUUUGAAACAGUGAGUAUUUUAAUGUUUACAGAUUAUUGACCCCAUUGACUUCCAUUGUAAGUGUCUCACUGGAACACACAUUUAAAGAAAAGGACGGACGAGUCGAAAUAUAUUUUUGUGGUAAUCAGCAUUAUGUUAUAUUGAGCUUAACUUGCAUUGAACCCAGAAUAUUCCUUUAAAGGCAGUACCAAGGGACUAUCGUACUAUCAUGUUUACAAUUUAAAUAAAACAUCUGUUUAUGCAAUAUGUUAAUAAGAAUUGGAGAGUAAAAUGUUUGUAAAUGUAAUAAAAAAAAAUUCCUAAUAGCUCCAAAAAAUAGGUGUAAUUUACUAUAUGCAAAAUAUAAUUUUUGAUUUGUUUCUUUUGAUUUGAAAGUAACAGGACCAGGACAUUUUCACCCAUAAACAAACUGCAAACUAAACUGUAGGUCCUGUCAAGAUUUACCUCGAAUAUUUUUAUUUUGUUGAAUUUGAUUCUAUUUAUUUUAAGGAACUCUUUGGAAGAUUAAGAUCCAGCUUGAGAAUUUUCUUGAUAUAGGAAUAAAAACAGAGAUGUGAAUCGCAGUCGUCAUAUUUAUCAUUCAGUCAUUUAGUUUCAUGUUCAGAUGCAACGAGCGAUAAAAGCUUUUUGUCCUAACCAGCUGUGACUGUGAUGAGUGACGGGACAUUUUGAUGAUCUCUUGGUUUCUCUGGUGUUGUACUGAGUAGCUCCGCCCACAUGGAAGUCUCAUUGGUCCAAAAUCCUGCUCCUCAUUACUGUGUUUUCAUUACAGUGGCGGAUUUAUGUAUGGGCGACAUGGGCAGUUGCCCAGGGCGGCAUCUUGCGGGGGGUGUCACGAGGCACCCACACAGACCCCCCAGGUCAACAACUUUGGGGACGUGUUGAAGCGGGUUUCGCCCAGGGCGCCCUACAAGCUAGAACCGCUACUGUUUCAUUAUAUCCGGAAACAUCCACUAUAUUUUACACGUGUGUUAUAUGUGUUCUGAAUGGCUGUGAUUUUGUCACCUCACACAGCAUUUAUCUGGUUAGGACAAAAACUGUCACAUAUGUUUAAUCUGUGAGUUCACAUGUGCAGGAUUGAUCUGUUUAAAUCAUUAUUAUGAGGGAAAGUUUGUGACUGUUGAAUUUACACUGUAUAAUUGAGUCUUAAUUUUACUGAUGCGGAAGCAAACUGGUCGUACCGUUUUUAAUGUCACUGAAACAGGAAAUGAUGUAAGAGUUGACUGCAAUAAACUGUAGAUGAGGGGCGUUUGAGUUUUAAUUUGUAAAAGAUCAUAGAUAAAGCUAUAUUUAACUUUGAAUCUGUUUGCUGUGGUAAUUUGUAGUUGUGAAUGUUGUUUUGUUUUUUCUUUUUUAAGAAAAGAGUUUAAAGACCUUCACUUUCA